GACGCAGUUCCGCUUCCGGUCGCCAUCCGUGCUGCAUGCUUUAGCUGGUUGCCUCAGAACCGGCUAAGAAGAGAACCAAUUCUGUGCACAAAGCUACAUUUUAGGAAACCUGUUUGUGAUAUAACAACAGUGUGAUCGAUCGUCUGUAAUGACGACCCUAAGACCGUUCACAUGCGAUGACCUGUUCCGGUUUAAUCGAGUGAAUUUGGAUCCACUGACUGAAACUUAUGGCCUACCAUUCUACAUGCAGUACCUGGCCAGGUGGCCUGAGUACUUCCAGGUGGCUGAGUCACCCACAGGGGAGAUCAUGGGAUACAUAAUGGGUAAGGCAGAAGGCCGUGUUGCCCAGGAGGAGUGGCAUGGACACGUCACGGCGCUGUCUGUGGCACCUGAGUUCAGGAGACUGGGGCUGGCCGCCAAGAUGAUGUCAAGCUUGGAGCAGAUUUCAGAAAACAAGAACUGUUACUUUGUGGACCUGUUUGUGCGAGUGUCUAACAAGGUUGCAGUGGACAUGUACAAGAAGCUGGGGUACAGCAUCUACAGGACUGUGCUGGAGUACUACUCAGGAGACCCUGAUGAGGAUGCUUAUGACAUGAGGAAGGCCCUGUCUGCAGAUGUGAAGAAGAAGUCCAUCAUACCCUUACCCCAUCCUGUCCGACCAGAGGACAUAGAAUAACAAUAGUGAACCACAGCAGGAUUCUUACAGGUCUGGGACAGAUGUAAAACAAACUUCGCCCUAAAUAUAUGAUCAGCCAAAUUGACAGUUGCAGUUUUCUUGCCAUGUUACCAAGUGCCAGCCUACAAUCAUGGUAGUUUUUAUGUCACUGUCAAACUUACAAUCUCAUUAAGUAACGAUGUAUGUCCAGCAAGUCAGCCAUAAGUACAAAAAUUUUAAAAGGAGAGUGUCGGAGACCAUACGCCAUUUUCAACAGUGAUUUCCCCAAAAUUUAGGGCAUAAGUCAUUAAGUGUAACAGGGACUGCCCCCUGAAGAGACAAGGCAUCUGUCAUAGAUCUGCAAGAGAUCUGCUGUGGGGCCCAACCUUAAUGAGGUUUGGGGCAAUGUUAUAUUUGUAGCUAUACAUGUACAAGCACCACAAUUCUAUCCUGGGUACAAUCCCCAUGAGUAUACACCCCCUUUCACUGAUGCCCACAGUCAGGGGGAGUGAACCUAAACUCAGGAGGAUGGGAACCAGAGGAUGGUACCCAGCUUACAAGUCUAGUUUUUUUUUUUAAUUCUUCCAUUUGAAAGGUUAUUUUGGAUGGAUGUUGGUAGAUAGAAGCACCAAAAGUAAUGAGCCAGACUAAGUGUUUAAAAGUGCAGGUACUGUAUACCAAAGGUUAGAGAAGUUUAAACAUUUAUUACAUGGGGGGGAAAUGCUUAUAGCCAACCAUAUUCUUUUUGUAGCCUUGUUUAUCUAGAUGAUAACAAGGUGUAAGAAGUGGAGUGGGUUGAACAUGAAAAAAUACUAGUAGUGUCGAUGUAACUAUCCUCACAGUAAUGGGAUCUGUUAGCCUCCUUCACCAGCCUCUCUGAGGGCAUUGGCGUAAGUUGUUGGGGGGUGGGUUGGGUUGGGGAGGUCGAUUCGCGAUUUUUAACGUCGGAGAAUACGCCAGGAAGGAAAAUAUGCCGCGAAAGGAAAAAUACUGGGAAAGGAAUAUAUGCUGGGAAGGUUGUACCAAGGAAGUUCCUGGUUUUUCAGCAAAUAAAGUAAUCUGCAUGUAACAAAGCAUUUUGUGCAGCGAGUAAUCAGAGAAUGUUGACACAGUGAGAAGACAUUGUUUUUCCCGUCGCAAAAUAAAUAUGAGUGAUGAGAAGUGAACAUCUUAAUAAUAAUAUG